AUGCUUGUGGAGCAGUUUUUCAUAAUAAACAAAUCAGGAGGAAUGGUCUACAAAUAUGAAAGAGAGGGAGAGACCAGUAUCAACAGUCUUUUGAUAUUAACAAGCUCUCUGUAUUCGGUAAGUGUGAUAUUAUCAAGAAUAAUGGGAAAGUCUGCAGCAAAGCAGACCAUCCGUCUCCAAAACCGAGUCAUUACUGUCUUUAGAACAAUUACAAACAUGGUGUUUGUAUUUGUUGCAGAUGAACCUGUGGAUUCCCUCUUUGAGAAAGUUUAUUCCCAUUACUGUAAAUAUGUAACAAGAAAUCCAUUUCAUUCACCUGAAAUGCCUAUCCAAUGCUCGAAGUUCAAGCCCCAUCUUCUAUUUGAGAGUUAA